AUAUACUUUUUCUCAGAUUCGCUAUAGGCCUGCAAAGUCAAAUCAACCGUUAGUCGAACCGCGCAAAUCUGGCAGCGCCGCGCACAGGUGUCAACAACAGCAGGGGUUGGUCGAAGGGGAGUUAGGGGGGCAGGGACACUCUGAGAAUGCAAAAUGAAUUAAACGGAGAGCGAGACGAAAACAAACAGAAACAAGUGUCAUAAUCCUAUCCACAGCACCCGGAGAUAAUGUCGAGCGAUGAACUGUAUCGCGUAAAGUACUCUACUUCGCGCUAUCAGCGCCACCAGACGCCCUUGAACGUCAGCUCCUUGCACUGGGCUCGCCAGCAGUACGGGCAUGAGAUGGAUCAGCAACUUCGUCGGCGGCUCCUGGCCUCACCCGCCUACGUGGACAGGCUGGAGCAGGAGGUACUGCUCGCCGGCCACGAGGGCUGCGUCAACUGCCUGGAGUGGACCACCGACGGGCUCUGGCUGGCCUCCGGAUCCGACGACUAUCGCGUGAUGAUUUGGGAUCCGUUCCGGAAGAAGCGCGUCCAUGUUAUCAGCACCAAGCACCUGGGCAACAUGUUCUCGGUGAAGUUCCUUCCCAAAACGAACAACAGCAUUGUGGCUACUUGUGCGGCGGACAAAUUCAUCUACGUCUACGACAUCAAUCACUCAAACGAGACCCUCUUCGCUUGCAAUUGCCACCUGAUGCGGGCCAAGCGGCUGGCCACCGCCCAGGACUCGCCCCACAUCUUCUGGUCGGCGGGGGAGGACGGCUGCAUCCUUCAGCUGGACAUGCGGGAGCCACAUCGCUGCCGGCCGGAGGAGGGAGGCGGCGUCAAGCUCUUGAGCCUGUGCAACCAAGUGGAGUCCACGGCAGAGGCCAAGUGCUUGGCCAUCAAUCCAAGGCGGACGGAGUACCUGGCCGUGGGCACCAACGAUCCCUUUGCACGGGUGUACGAUCGCCGCAAGCUGCCUUCCACCGACGGCAAUGGUUUAUCCGCCUGUGUGUCUUACUAUGCUCCCGGACAGAUCCUAAAGAACAUCAGCCGCAACAUUGUCCACGAAUCGCGGGCUAUCACAUACCUUACCUUUAACGGCAAUGGCACGGAGCUGCUGGUCAACAUGGGCGGUGAACACAUCUACCGUUUCGAUCUGAACCACGCUGAGCCUCCGGUUUUCUAUGAACUGCCCACCUUCACAACGCCGGUCGCCCAGGAGGAGGAGGAGCCGGUGAAGGCGCCACGCAAGAGCCGCACGCUGCCCUCCAGCAUAGAGGUCCAUAAAAAGGAGGGGAAUGAGUUUCUGGAAAACGGAAAGCUGGUAGACGCCAUUGAUGCGUAUUCAGCGGCUCUUGUGAAAUACCCGCAGGGAGAGGUUCUGUAUCUGAACAGAGCCACAGCGCUGAUGCGCCGGGGCUGGUUCGGCGACAUAUAUGCGGCUCUGAGAGAUUGCCACGAGGCCCUGCGGCUGGAUCCCAGCUAUGUGAAGGCCCACUUUCGACUGGCCAGGGCUUUGCUCGAGUUGCAUCGUCCGCAGGAUGCAGAUAAGUGUCUGCAGGCGCUCAUUCAACGCUUUCCUGACUUCGCCAACAACUACGGCGUUCUUAUGCUGAAUAAGGACAUCAAGGAGAAUCGCAGGCAGUCGCAGAGCACCGAGCCACUCGAGCAUCCACCAGUGCCCAUGGAGGAUGGCUUCCGCUACCUGCGGCUAACGGACGCCGAGUACGAUCUGCGUUCCACGGCUAGGGACUAUAUGCAACGCUAUGUGGGCCACUGCAACGUCACGACGGACAUCAAGGAGGCCAACUAUUUGGGCAGCCACGGCGAGUUCAUAGCCGCCGGUUCGGAUGACGGCAAUCUGUACAUUUGGGAGGGAGAUACGGGCAAGAUACGGUCCGUUUAUCGGGCGGACAGUGCCAUUGUCAAUUGCGUGCAGCCGCAUCCGAGCAUCUGUAUGCUGGCCACCAGUGGCAUUGACCACGACAUCAAGAUCUGGUCGCCUUGCGCCCCCAGCUCCGAGGAGCGACCCAACCUGGUGGCGGAUGUGUCUCGCUACGUGCAGGAUAAUCAGCAGAAGAUGCGCACCGAUCCAUUCGAACUGAAUACUCGCAAUGCUUACUGUUUCAAUAACUAAGAACUGUAGCGUAAUGUGAGUCUAGAUCUAAAUCCACUGCAUUGUGCGGCGAGCGAGAUCCAAUCACGCAAUAUAUCAAAUACUAGUGUAAUUUAAACUAAGCAAACAUAUUUUUGUUAAUUUGUAAACGAACUACUGUAUACAGAGUACGAUGCUGAUGAUGAGUAUGUUAUGGAAGACUAUAAAAAUAAAUGCGAAGAAAUUACAAA